CCCUUCUCCGGCCGGCCGCGGGCGUGCGCCAGGCCACGCCCCCGCACUGGCCGCAGACGGCCGGGACGGGCGGCGCUCGGCGCGGAGGGGCGCAGCGGGGCCGCGCGAGGGUGGGCUCCGCGCGCCGCUUCCCUCCGGAAGCCUGGGCUCUGCCCUGAAUCGCCGGAGCCGGCCCGGAGGCGCAGGGCGAAGGUGGAACGGCUGACGUGGGCGCGUCUCGGUAGCAGUGGACCGGUUUGGCCCGGCUGCAGCGAGCCGGGCGUUCCUCCUUGGAGCCCCCUUCUCCCACAAAACUUUACCCGAAGUGAGGGAGGGUGGACGCCAGUUCCCCAGCGCUUUAGGGCGUCUAAGAAUAAUGUUAUAGUAAACAUUCUUCCACCUGGACCUUAAUGCAAAGAUAUUGGCGUUUCCAAGAGAACACGAUACAAGAUAUAUGAUUUGGAGUCCUAGGAGAAUUGUGGAUUCAAAGACCUGUAAUGGCCAAAUACUACAGUGAAGUUCAAAGUUUGCAGCAGGAUGAUUCAGUUAUAGAAGGAGUAAGUGACCAAGUACUUGUGGCAGUGGUGGUCAGCUUUGCUUUGAUCGCUACUCUCCUGUAUGCACUUCUCAGAAAUGUACAGCAGAACAUUCAUCCAGAAAACCAAGAGCUAGUCAGAGUGCUUCGAGAACAAUUUCAAACAGAGCAGGAUGUCCCUGCUCCUGCCCGACAGCAGUUCUACACUGAGAUGUACUGUCCAAUCUGCUUGCAUCAAGCCUCCUUUCCGGUUGAAACAAACUGUGGCCAUCUCUUUUGUGGUUCCUGCAUAAUUGCAUACUGGCGAUACGGGUCCUGGCUUGGUGCAAUCAGUUGUCCUAUCUGUAGACAAACGGUGACUCUACUCCUAACAGUAUUUGGUGAAGAUGAUCAAUCUCAGGAUGUUGUAAGAUUACGUCAAGAUGUUAACGAUUAUAACCGGAGAUUCUCAGGGCAGCCUAGAUCUAUUAUGGAAAGAAUCCUGGAUCUCCCCACCUUGCUGAGACACGCGUUCAGGGAAGUGUUUUCCGUUGGUGGUCUCUUCUGGAUGUUCCGCAUUAGGAUAAUGCUGUGUUUGAUGGGAGCUUUUUUCUAUCUAAUAUCACCUCUAGAUUUUGUACCUGAAGCCUUGUUUGGAAUUUUGGGAUUUCUAGAUGACUUUUUUGUUAUCUUUUUGUUGCUUAUUUACAUCUCUAUUAUGUAUAGAGAAGUGAUAACCCAAAGACUAACUAGAUGAAAAAAACUGUUUACUAGGCUAUCCAAGCUUAUAUGUAAAAUCAAACAAAAGGAUCCAUGGCAGUAUCAACAUCCAAACACUGUUUUACACACUAGGUACAUUUGGUUAUCAUUUGACAAAUGCCUAAGAAUAUACAACUGGAACAUUUACAUACUACAGCUUCUGAUGUUAACAUCAGAUAUAUAGUGAUCUACACAGGCUUAUCUCAAUUCUGUGUUGUUUGUAAAAAAAGUAUGAAACCAAUUGAAAAGGGAUAAUUUGUUGUUUUUUUUCUGCAAGUUAUUUAGCUUAGAUACGCAGUUCAAUAUUGCUGAAUGUACAAUUCAUCAUCCUCAGUGGGUACCCAUACAAUAAUAGAGAACUUUGAAACUUACCUAAAUAUUUUUGUUAAAAUACUGUAUGAUAAUUAGGGAAAGGUCAGUGUCUCGGUUUGUGCUAAGCUCUGUGGACUUGGAGCGGCUCUACUUUUUCAUUUUAGUAUAAUUCUUUGUGACUAACUGAAAAUGAAGGAAACGUGAACUUCCUGAUUUGACCUCAUUUUCAGUCUCUAGAACUCUUUAAUCAAUAGGAGGAUUAACAAAGUGAAAAAUACACAUCUCCUGGAGGCACUUUUGACAUUCAGUUAUGACAUUCAACCAAGAGUUUGAACUUUUUAUAGAAACAUAUACAAAAGUAACUUGUAGCCAGCUGUGGUGGCUUUACACUUGUACGUUCUGUGUUCAGGAAGCUGAGGUAGAAGAUUGCCACAAGUUCAGGGUCUGCCUAGACUAUAUAAUGAGUUCCCGGAAGCUUGAGCUAAAGAGAGAGAUCCUACUCAAACCUAAAGCUGGGCAGUGAGUAGAAGGUGCUUGCUGCCAAGCCUGACAACCUGGGUUUGAACCCUGGUCUCUCAUAAUGGAAGUACAGAGCAGACUCUGUAAGCUGUCCUCUGACCUUUACAUGUGCAUUGUGGCCCAUGAGUGUACACGCACACACACACAUGCACGCACA